UAAAUGACAUGAAUCUCAAACGAUCUCCAUCAACGAAAACAAAAAAAGCAAGAAUCAAAGUCAAGUCAUCAAGAAAGCAAAACAACAAGUUUGAACGAUGGAAUUUGUAAGGUUUCCGAUAGUCUCAAUCCUCGAAGACAUGCUAGAAGUUCCCGAAGAGCACAACGAGAAGAGCCGCAACAAUCCUUCAAGAGCUUACAUGCGGGACGCAAAGGCAAUGGCGGCUACGCCAGCCGACGUGAUCGAGCACGCGAACGCGUACGUUUUCGUGGUGGACAUGCCUGGAAUCAAAGGAGAGGAGAUCAAGGUUCAGGUGGAGGACGAGAACGUGCUUGUUGUGAGCGGAGAGAGGCAGAGAGAGAACAAGGAGAGCGAGGGUGUGAAGUAUGUGAGGAUGGAGAGGAGGAUGGGGAAGUUUAUGAGGAAGUUUCAGUUGCCUGAGAACGCUGAUUUGGAGAAGAUCUCUGCUGUUUGUAACGAUGGUGUGUUGAAGGUGACUGUUCAGAAGCUUCCUCCUCCUGAGCCUAAGAAACCAAAGACUAUCCAAGUCCAAGUUGCUUGAGUUUCUGGAUUUUUCUUCAAGAUUUCGGUUUGAAUGUACUUGGAAUGUGAGAGACUGUGUGAUGAUGCGUGUUUUAAGUUGAAGUGAAAGUUGUUAAAAAGGUGAAAUAAAGGAUGUUCCUCUGUUUUAGUCGA